AUGGGAAAUACCAUGAGUUGCUUUGACAGGUGGGGAAAGCGGGCUCCAGAUGGGCCGCUCCUACAAAUAAAAUCGUCUGAAAGUGGUGGAUCAAGCGGCAUUAUUCAGGCUGCCUCGACUGCGUCCACAGCGGUGGGAAGCACGACCACUGCACCUGCAGCGACCGGAGGCGCUACCUCUCCUGGGCCGGCAGCUCCUGUCCCUGAGCGCCCGAUGAGACGGCGCCAGACGUAUAGCUUGAAAGCGAAGAAGAGUGACACGGAAAUGUCAAGCAUGGAGGAACUGUCUGAGGAAUCAGAAUCGGAUGCUGACAACGACGCGGUCAGUGCAAGUGACAUCCGGAUGAAGAAGGUCAUGCAGUACAGACGUGCUCUUACCAAAGUUGUCAAGCUCAAGACGCACCUCUUUUCUGAGACCGUGAAAGUGACAUGCAGCAAAGACGGAGAACAGGUUCAGUGGUUCAAGGGUAAAACCGCCGCCGGGGCUCAGGACAGAAAGAAACCUUCUGGAAGUUUCCCAGUCGACAAGAUCACGUCGGUCAAGUCUCAGGCUGAUAACACCAAGGUGCUUGUGAUUACCGUCAACAACCCGCAACCCUCGACCUACAACUUCACCUUCAAGACACCUGUCGAACGUGAGAGCUGGCAAGAACAGAUCCAGUCCCUGAUGAAGUUCAUGGCGAUGAAAUAA